CUCUCACACAUGACCGGGGACUUCAAGGGACAAGAAACCAAAAAAAAGUCUCUAGAUCAAGGUUUUCCCGCGCUGGGCAGCUUGACCUCCAAUUGUCGGUGAAGAAAGGCGCCACUAUGACUCCCUUUCCUGCAGCACGGGAACAGGGCGUUGAUUUUUUUUUUUUGUUCCUUUUUUUCCUUGGUCCAAUGGUGUCACAUACGGGCCGUGGAGCUAUCGGGCAGGUGGACAGAAAGCAAUAUGUCACGCACGUACCCGUUUACGAUUUGGAAAAAAAUGGCUGGCGUCACGAUGCUUGCCAGCUCCGACGCGGGGCCGUUUUAUUUUUCUCGAAGCUUGCUGAGCUGACUGGCGGUCUCGGCCCGGGGAUCUCAUGCAGAAUCAACUUUUCUGUACACCCCGGGUAUUGUCUCACAUGAUGACGAACCUACGGACAAUGGUAAACCGAGGAGCUGGUCAAGCCGGUCUAUCAUCGCUGGUGCUAUGCAUCGGAGUCAUCGAAGUACUAAUCGAUUCAUACCCAUGGAGCGCACUAGUCUAGGGCUCUACCGCCAUUGUGAGUAAAUUGAGGCAUUUGUGCCUUGGUCUAGGGUUCACCGACAUAACGGCACAAUUCUUGGAGCAUGGGUAGCAAGAAAUUGCGAGCGAAUCCAUAUCGAUACCUAGGAGCCAAUUACAACAUUGUAGUCAUCGUGAAAGAAGCGCAGGUUUAUCACAUGGUGUUUCUGCGGGUUUUUGUUUGGACUCGAAUUGUCUCUUUUUCUCUCUCUCUCUUUUUUUUCUCUUUUUUUUUCUGGUUUCCUUUCCCCCUCUUAAGCGGAGAAGGCCAAAGCGGCAUAACGGCCGCCGCGCUGGUUAAUCUCAAAUCGGCCCCCAUUGGGCCCCCAUCAGAUCGUCUUCGCUAAUGAUCUUGCACGCCUCAGGGUUCUGAGUCCCCGUCAAACUUGUAUCGACUGGGUCAUGAGUAAUUGACGUUCAGGGGAUCACGAGCUGCAAACGAGAUCGCUAAACAAAACAUAUGCAGUAAAGCAACCAUAUAUCGGUGUCCACUUGAUAUUAUCGACGUAACCAACAGGGCAUCAAUCCAUGGGUAGUUGGAUUCUCCAUACAGUUGUCGGCAGCACCCGCUAACCAGUCGCCAGGCAUGCCCCAGUACUUGGGUAUGCAAGUGUUGCUACCAACAUGAACUCAUCUAUCCGGACCCCACGACGCAAGGGAAGCCGCCACGCAUUGGCUCCCGCCCCCAACCGACAUGUCUUUUGGUCGCAUAGAUGCGGCCACAUGGAUACCGUACCUACGUCAGCCACCAUGAGAAAGGAUGGCGAGUAAACUAGAGAAAAAAGAAGGGGUUAAGAAAAAAAAAAAGAGACCAGAGAACAAAAGAGCUAACGUUCCAGAAACACAAGCCUCGGGUACGCUAAUGGUGGAUGCAUGCCACUUUGAUCGGUCAACUCUCGUGCUGGAUGGUUACAUAGGUAAUUGCAUAAGGUACUAUGGCAAAUACUACCAUCUUGGGCGGGAGAUGCAUGUUAAGAGUCGUACCAUAUGCCGUCGCACACCAUACACUUGUUGAGUACAGUACAUUGCAAUGGUGUGCCAUGUUGCACACGAUAGGCCUUGUUCCUCCCGCAUGGAGGGGGUUGUACCAGUCCAACUCUUUUGCACGAUUGUCUUCCCUGUCAUGGUUUAGCGUCGUUUGCUUUUUCCUUUGGGGAAGAUGGCACAUACAUUCCCGCCAAGCGCCAAGAGGUGGGAGUGCAGGCGGGGAAAGGGUGAGCGAGAAGGAGGGUGAGAAAUUGAGGAAUAAAAAAAAUAUCGCUCUGUCUAAGGGUGGGAUCUUCGUCGGGAUCCCUUGCUCCCUGGGCUUGUCGAGGCCCUCGUCGCCAUCUCCCGCCUGAACCAAUCAGCGGCUGCAGACGGUAGUGAGCGCGUAUGCUCCUAUUUUGGGCGUCAAAAAGACUACAUGCCGUCCCAUUCCCGACUUUUCGACCAAUGGAGGAGAGGUUGGUAUUAUCGGCCAUGUUCGGAGCAUCUGGUCGUCUCGUCGGCCCUGGCCAAUGACUGAGGACCGUACCAGGACAUGUAUGCUUGACCAACCAACCAGCCUUGGGAAUUUUCCCCGGGGUCUUGUUGCCGCUCUUCUUCGCGCUGGCUGCAUCCCGUAUACGCCUACUCGGCGGUUGCGCCAGGCCACCUUUGUCGGCUAUUAUUAUUACUAUUAUCAUUGCGACCGGAAUGGAUUUAGAUGGGGCGACUAAAGGGUUUACCCCCCUUUGCACACCUUCCCCCCAACCAUCCAGCCACGGCGGGCUCUCUUCGAAAGCAAGCUCAAGCCUAGAGUAACAGAUAGGUUGAGAGAGAAAGAGAGAGUGGACCCCGUCCCUGUCCUUUGGAGCAAAGACCACACCCCUAGCUAUUCAUACCUACCCAAUAACUCUCCCAUAUCACACCGUUAUUUUUCUCAUCUCUUCACCAGGUGUUCCCCGCCCACGUACAGUUAGUUCACUGCAUCGCUUGCAGUCGAGCACACUAUCACCGUGUGAUGGCGUCCCAUGCAUGAUGCCGGGGCCGUAACCAAGCUGUGAACUUUGUUCGGCGCAUAGCCGUGAGAGUUAAACCACUCAACUUUUACUCCGAUCCAUCCAUACCAUCCAUACCAUCUAUAACGCACAUACCUACACUACCUAUACAUAUUGGACUCAGGGCUCCCACACCGGUCCACUCAACCACCUUCUCCCCUUUUUGCGACCUAGUGUUGACUGCCAGGUGCUAGCAAUAGGUAUCGGGCUUUGCUUUUGUUUGUUUGUUUAGUCUGGUUUUGUUUCUUCUCAAACUCUCCGCAACGUCUAUCAGUACAGCAAGAUAUCCAGUAUAACCUCACGGUUUAGACACUAAAUCUGUCUAUAGGGCUGGCAUUGUGUCCAUAGCCCUGCCGGUGGCGGCCAAACAACAACUACCUCCGAUUGCUAAUAUACGACCGUAGGUCGUGCAAAAGUGAUGGCUUCAGCAGUUCGCUCGAGGAGCGGAAGGCCGCACCAGUUGCAGCCAGAAAUGCUCCAGAAGCCUCAUCUUCACGAGGCCUUCUUUAGUCUAAAAAAUGCACCUCAAGAAAGGCCUCUCUCGGUAGCUACCGAGUUUAUGGAGUCUGACUUUGACGACGACGAGAUUCUUAGCGAUGUUGAGAAUGGUGAUAACUCACCUAGAUUGAGUGUCAACUCGUCUGGCCAACCAAGUUUUACAACACUUUCAUCAUAUGAUGAGGUCCAGACCCCAAGAACAACGCAUGCUAGAUCAGCGUUCCACUUUGACACGAGCUCGCUGAAGCAAGUUGAAGGGCCGAGAGGACCACAUCUUUUCAGGAGUGGAAGUAUUUCUUCACACUCGAUGGAAUACCAACAUGCACUUUCCUUGUCGCCAAUUACACCAAAAGUAGCAACGCAAGGGCAGCUACCAGUCACGUUAGAUCUCACACCACUGCCGAACAAGAGACGCACGCCUGGUCCUUUCAAAUUCACUUCCAGGGACCUCGACACAUGCGACCUGGCCAACUGGAGUCCCGAGAUGGUUGCGCAGCAGAUGCUCGACUCGGGCAUCGAAAUGAACCUGGCUGAGAAGUUUGUGGAAAAUGACAUCACCGGUGCUAUCCUCAUCACUCUUAGAUUUGAGGAUCUCGUCGAGCUGGGCAUACAAUCCUUUGGAGCCAGGACCAAGAUAUGGAACGAGAUGCACAGGAUGAUGAACAUCCGUGCCGCCUCGCCCAGGCCUGAGACACCGAUCGAGGAUGAGCCGGACAAGGAGGUCAGGAGAGAACAGCGCGAGACCGAUGGUGCCGACAAGCCAAAGCGCAAGCCUAGCAGGAGGAGAAAACCCAGUCAGGAGGACAUCAUCUCGCCCCUCGAGUCCGUCUCCAUUGUUGGUAUCGAGCAGAUGAUGCCCAAGCCGCACCACUGCAAGAAGGGAGAGAACUGCUCCAAAUGGAGGCGCAACCAACGUAUGAUCGAGGCGUUCAAGAAGGAUCACCCCUUUGUCGACAUGGAAAAGGGCGGAGUCAUCAUGGUCGCUGGCGACCCUGGCAACCCGUUGACGGCCGAAGCCCUCAAUCACCGGGACCCAGAGCCUUACCGCCCAACAUCAGAUGCUAUCCCCUCCGUUGUUGGCAUGGCGUCCGUGGUGGCGUCCUCGGACAUUAUGGGAACCGACGGGAUACCGCCACUACAAUACCUGCAGGAGGCGUCUCUACGUAGUAUUCAGUCUCGGGAUCCGCAAGACAACGUGAGACAGUUCCUCAACUUCCAAAACAACCUGGGCGCUGGGUCGAGUGAAGUACCCCCGACGCCACCGUUUGAGCUCUACCCUCAACAACACCACCAGCCCCGCGAGGCCCUGCGGGCUCUCCCGAAGCUUUCCAUCCCCGGCCAACAGCCAAAGACGUUUUUGCAUCCUCCCUCGGCUGUCACGCCUCGGGUACCGCAACAUCAGUACCAUGAGCGCAGCAACUCGGCCGGCUCCACGCCAGAAGCCACACCGACCGCCAUCUACCGCUUUGGCACCCCCUUCUCGGACAUGGACGUACCCGUCACUGCAGUGCCUCUCGGCCCCGUGGCCCGCGACACGUCCCAGUCUGUCCCCCCUAAUAUGAAUUUCAGGUCGCCCAUCGCCGGGCCCCAGCGCUCUGCCUCGCGUGCCUCCCGGCGACCUUCGUUCCCCGUGAUGCCAGCACUGGCAGAAAACCAGGUGACCAUCAUCGAGUCCCCACCGCGGAACAAGCCCUCGUCGCCGCUCAGGGGUGGCGCGGCCAAGACUCAGAGGCAGAUACAGGCGCCACCGCGGGUGCAAUACCCGUGGAGCACGGAGCGCGACUUUGAAAAGGCAAUCGCGCCCGCUCCCGGCUCUGCCCUGUCGUCGACGGGCACAGCCACGGUCGUGAGCCGGGUCGGCACCUCGCACGACGCCGAGGGCGUGACGCACGCCGGCACCAUGCGCAAGCGCAAGACGCGCAUGCUCCGCCACGAAUGGCACGAGCACUACUUCACGCUCAAGGGUACCCGGCUCAACAUGCACCGCGACGCGGCAGACGUCGGCCGCACGCUCGAGUACGUCGACAUUGACGACUACGCCAUCGCCUGCUCUACCCUCGCCGGCGGCAAGCUCAACGCCGCCUUCCGCGCCAUGAACAUCCGCCGCGGCAGCGCCGGCGACGACGUCGGCGCCUUUAGCUUCCAGCUCAUCCCGCAAGACCCGCGCGGCGGCGUUCGUCUGCUGCGCAAGCGUGAGAGUCUCAACCCCGCGGCACCCACCCCGCCGCCAGGCGAGGGUGUCAACGGAACUGGCAAGCCCCACCACUUUGCCGUCAAGGGCCGCGACGACCGCAUCGACUGGAUGCGCGAGCUGAUGCUCGCCAAGGCGCUCAAGCAGAAGGGUGAGGGCUUUGAGGUCAGCGUGAACGGGAACAUGAUUUGAAUCUCUUUUUUAUCGUCUGCUUUCUUUUCGGCUCAUUCAUUUACUCAUAAUAUCCCUAUUUGUUUUCCGGUUGUUUCUGAAUUUUGUCAAUGAUACCUCAUGGGGCUUGGAAUGGGAAGCCCUGUCACUCCUUUGCCACUUCUCGACAUAUAUACUUGAGCAUUUUCAGGCCCGUUUCUUCUUUUUUUUUUUUUUUUUUCAGUUCUCUUUCCAUCAUUUGGUGCUGUUAAUCAGCGACUACCCCUGGGAUUUCCUUUUUUGAUUGGGCAUAUAAACUAUAGCAGCACUGCCAACGGUGACAAAAAUGAUGAACACAUG